AUGUUCGACAUGAGUUCAUGUACUGAUAUAACAUGUGACGAUGCAAUUAAAGAAUUAUAUGAAUUUGAAAUAACAAAACAAAAUAAACGACGAUUAGAUAAUGUUCGUGAUGAAUUAAAUACUGUUAUAGCAACAUUUGCACUAAUUGUUGAACCAAAAAAACUAUUGACAAUUGAAGGCGAACAAAAUUUGAUUGAACAAGCAAAAAGAUUUCUUGAUGUACCAAAUAGUUCAAUUGAUGAAAUACAAAAUAUUUUUGAACAAGUUAAUCAAGUCAUUUCAUCAACUAGUUCAGGUAAAAACUAAAUUAUGAAAUCGUUCCUUUUGUGUUUAUUGGUUCUUUUUUUUUUGUUUUAAUUUUAAAAAUGAUGGUAAAAGUCGAACCUGUAUUAUCAAAAACUAAAGAUUGUUCUUGUAUUUGCAAAUGUAAUAAGGAAAACACAAAUUCAAAUGAUAAAUUGAAUUUCUAUAGAUCAAUCAUCAUUGAGAAAUACUUGCUGAACAUCAAAGCAUUUCAUUUCUAGCUUACUUGUUUUUUGGGAUUAUAUUGAGCUCACAAAAAAAUCUUGGUAAGAGUAGAAAAGUCCAAUGAUGAACCGAGUUCUCAUCGUCUUAUUCAACUUUUAGCCUAUUUCAGGUAUUAACUGCAAAUUCAAC